AUGGACGAAGAGUCAAUCCAAAUUGCGGUGCGAAUUCGGCCUGUGAAUCUGCCAUCCCAGCAGGCUACAGCUGUAAGCUUCGUAGGCAGCACCGUCGCUGUGACUUCAGACCUCGGCACAGAGCAAACUGAUGUGGACUGUAUCUUGGUAGAAGCUUCUGACAAAGCAGAAGAGGCUUCCCAAGAAAGGGUUUUCCAGGCUCUGGGCAAGCCCAUUGUCCAAGGGGCGCUGCAAGGCAUCAGCCAAGGCGUGGUUUUCUACGGCGCAGCAGGUUCCGGAAAAACCUUCACACUGCUGGGGACAAGAGAGGAGCCUGGACUCUUGGUUCGCCUUGGGCAAGCCCUCCUGCAGCCAGAUGGGCUUCCGGAUCUGCAGCCUGUUGAGACUCGCGUGUGGUUCAGCUCAUUGGAGAUUUUCAGUGACCAAGUUCAAGACCUGUUGGCUUCACAAUCUCUGUCAGAACGUCGAGAUGCACCAGCCUUCAUUCACCACCCUAUCCUUGGGACCCAGGUGGUGGGCGCAACAGAGGUCCCCGUGGAGUCCUCUGACCUUGAGGAGCUGAUUGAGUUUGCUUUGAAGCGGCGCGCGCUCGGUGGCACAUGCCUGCAUGCAUCUUCAAACAGAUCCAGCCAGGCGUACUGCCUCCGGGUAGAAACCCGGGGUGCGUCCGGGCAGGAAUCCACUGCAAAAGUUUGCCUUUUCGACCUUGCUGCCCCAACACUGACAUCGCAUCGAGAAUCCUGUCCAUCGCUGGCAGCUUUGAAGACCACUGUCCAGGAGCUGCAGCAAGGCAUUCGACACCGUCAUUUUCUUUUCGAUGCCUCUCAGCUCACACUUGCACUUCGGGAUUCAUUGGACGGACGGUGGCGGACCACGCUUGUGGCUACGUUGCUGGCAGGGAGCAAACAUGCACUGGAAUCCACAGGCACGAUGCAAUUUGCCCGCAUGAUGCAGCAAUUGCGCACUCGCCCUGUGGCCUCAAAGAUGCUAUCGGACCAGGUGCAACUUUUAAAGGAUGAGGUCAUGGAGCUGAGGAAGGAGGCAGAGUUCGGUCUGGGUGCUCAGCUGAAAGCUGUGCUGGAUGAUCGAACUAGUCUCAUCGCAGAGCUCAUGAAGCACUCGGCAUCUCAAUCAGAGGAACGUCGCAAACUUGCGAGGCAGCGUGCCAAGGCGUUGGAAUGGUGCGGAUUGCUUCCUGGAAGCUCUGAACCUCUGCGACGGAAGGACAAGACAACACCACAUCUGUUGAACAUGUCCGACGACCCCAGCCUAGCAGGCUGUUUGCUAUACUUUCUUCCGCGCGGGGAGAGGACUUCUGUAGGAAGCGAUCUGGAUAGCACCAUUGUGUUUGACGGCUUGGGUAUACUGCCCAAUCUCUGCAGCAUCACCAACAAGGACGACAUGCAUGUCAGCAUGACUCGCCCCGACUUCGCGCGUCGGCAUGUCCUCCACAAUUGCAAGAUGCUGAACACUUCUGAGAGCACCAUGCUUUCUCACAAUGACACGAUUUGCCUGGGCAGAGCUCAACUGCUUCUGCUGAAGAUUCCUCUGCAGAGCAGAGAGGGCGAGGAAGACCAGAGUAUACUGAGACCACUGCAAGAAGAAUGCAAGCUUCCAGAGGAGUUGUCGCAGUUUCUCCCAACCCUGCAGUUGCAAGGUGACAUAACUUUUGACAAAGUACUUUCUGCUUUUGAGCACUCCGACUCCUUGAAGUACGUGCAGUGCUACGUGAAGGACUUGCUUCCCAAGCUGGCACCUUCAAAUGCCCUGGCUUGCUUCACAACCUUACGUGAAGCAUGCUAUUUGCUGGACGAGGCAAACCUAAUCACCCGAGAGGUCAGGCCUCAGGACCACAUGCAUUUUCAAGUAGAGUUGAUUUGGGACAUCGAGCGACAUCCGGAGGAGGUUCUUCUGAUCGGUCUGUUGAACUAUGGCAACGGCACGGAUGCUCCAGCCAAAGGAGCUGCAGACUGUCAGGUCCUCCACUACUGGUCUUACGGCCGCUUCUUGGAGAAGCUGGAUCACAUGCGAGAUGUCCACCGCAUGCAUUGCCAAGGACUUCAGGGUUGGACUGGGCGCGGCGACCCUUUGCAGGACCCUUGGCUGGAGCCCAGCACAGCUGUGCUUCGGCAGCACCUGCUAACCAAGAGCUGGUCGUGCAAGCAGGAGCAGAGGCAUGAAGUGCGGAAGGCGGUGCCAGAAACCGAGGAGCUGAAGGUCCUGAAGAGCCGAAUCGCUGAGCUCGUCCAGGAGGUGGAAGACAAGAACGCUGAACUGGAAGAGAAGACUCAAAUCGUGGGCCAACUCAAGGAGCAGAUGGCCCAGAUCAUACCCCUCGUGGGCGGAUUCGCCCCCGAAGCUGCCGAGAGGCUCAUUCUGGAGCAGCCCGAGCCUGAGGCACCUUGCAGCAAAGAGAAGCACGACUCGCAGCCCAGCGACACGGAGCAUUCCUGCACCAUGACAGUAUCUGCGUCGUCGGAAGGGGGCGCUGGAUUAGGUGACGUUCGUGACUCCGAGCGGUCCCGCGGCUUUCGUGUGGACAACUUUGGCACCUCAAAAGGUACUACCAGCGGUGCUGCCAUGUUAAGCCAGUCCAGCUUAACCCCACCUCACUACUACCGGGACUUGCGCAGAUGA